AUGUCAGCAUCGCAGCCAAGAACGAAACCAUGGGAAGUUUCACAAGGUACUUCAGCAGCUUCAACACAACAAACACAACAGCCGUCAACUACUACUACUACUAAUACAGCACAAUCAUCAACAAAUCCAAGUAUACCAGAUAGACCAACUUCAUUAACUUCAGAUUUCAAUAAUAUGGCAGAAACUUCACCAUAUGGUAAUACAAAUGCUUAUGGAACAUCAUCAUCAACUUAUGGAAAUAGAUAUGGUUCAUCUGGUUAUGGUUCAUCAAUGUAUGGAUCAGGUUAUGGAUCAGGAAUGUAUGGGGGUUAUGGAUCAGGAUAUGGUUCAUCAAUGUAUGGAGGUUAUGGAUCAUCAAUGUAUGGGAAUUCAAUGUAUGGAGGUGGAAUGUAUGGAAAUUCAAUGUAUGGAAAUUCAAUGUAUGGAAAUCAAAAUGGUAUGAUGCAAAAUGGAUUUGGAGAAGGUACUCAAGCUACUUUCCAUUUAAUUGAAAGUAUAAUUGGUGCAGUUGGUGGAUUUGCACAAAUGUUGGAAGCUACAUAUAUGGCAACUCAUUCAUCUUUUUUCACAAUGAUUAAUUUAGCUGAACAAUUUGGUAAUUUAAAAAAUGCAUUAGGUAGUUUAUUAGGAAUAUUUGCAUUAAUUAAAUUUGUAAAAAAGAUAUUUUGGAAAGUUACUGGACAAUCUUUUAAUAAUGGUUUAAAUAUAAAUGAAUUUAAUAAAUUUGAAAUAAAACAAAAAAAAAUUGAAGAACAAAUUAGAAAAUCAAAUUCAUCAUCACAACCUAAAAAACCAAGAAUUUCUUUAAAACCAUUACUUUUAUUUUUAGCUGCAUCAAUUGGAUUUCCAUAUUUAUUAAGUAAAGCUAUACAAUUUUUAAAUGAACAAAAUAAAAGAAAACAAAUGGAAUUACAAAAACAACAACAAUUAAAUGGUGGAAUUAAUCCAAAUGGUUCAUCAUUUGAUCCAACAAAUUUACAAUUUGCAAAAGCAAUUUAUGAAUUUAAUCCAGAAAAUCCUCAAAUUGAAAUUGAAUUAAAACCAAAUGAAUUAGUUGCUAUAUUAUCAAAAUUAGAUCCUGUUGGAAAUGAAUCAAAAUGGUGGAAAGUAAGAUCAAGAUCAGGUAAAGUUGGGUAUGUACCUUCAAAUUAUUUAUCUGUUAUUGAAAGAAAAUCUCAAUUACCUGCACCUUCUCAACUUUCAACAAAUCAACAACAACCACCUUUAAAACAAGUUGAAUCAGCUCCUAUAAUACCUCAAACUAAUAAUGAUAAAAUGCCAUUUAAUGACCCUUUUAAUGUAAAACCUGAUCAAUUAUUACAAGAAUUUAAAAAUUUACCUUAA